AACCGCCCGCUAUACUCAUCACGAACUAUCUGCUAUGAACAAUUAGGUCUCACUAAACGAUACGAUGACUGCCAACCUGUCACCCCGGAGCACUGCGCGUCCAUUGUUCCGUGCAGAGGAAAGCGCAGGACGCUACGUGCAUCCCAAUUAGCAAAGAGAGUUUCGACAAGUGAAUACGAACUACGGGCUCAUCAAUACCGCACUCCAUCGGCCAAAGGACACGAGGGUUAGCGUAAAUUUUGUAACUGUCAAAAAGAAGCCAGGGGAAAUUCGACUCGGAUUAUUACAAAGGAGGGCGAGACAUAGUGUUUGUUAUGCGAGCGUGUGUCCGAAAGUUAGCGAAAUUUUGGCAACGACGCAACCUAAGCGAGUGCGCGCGUUGUUUUGUUGGAUACAUUUUGUGAUGAUCGUCCGACAGGAACGUUAAUAGUGUACAGUCUCGGGACAUCUUGAUUUUUCUGUGUUGUGUUAAGAGUGCUUUGAAGUUUUGAACAUUUUUCACUGGUCUACAAUGGAGAGAAUACCACGCGUAUUAAUUAGUAUAGCACUCGCAGCUCUUCUGCCGAUAGCCUCACCAGAGAACCAGGAGGAGAUGGCUAAGGAGAACGUCCCACACUCGCGCCAGAAGAGGAUACUUUGGAUAACUAAUGAUGGGCGGCUUGCUCUACCACCGGGGACCACGAUGGCAAUCACACCAUCGAUAUCAAUGCCCUUUGUGAGGCAUCCACCAAAAGGGUUCUUAUCUAACAUGACUGUUAGUUUUCCGUUUACCAUUGAUUUCGACAAGCUAGGACUCACUGACAACGAAAAUCCAUACGGUGAUUUGCCGCCUAUUUUCGCGCGAUCCAUGGGAAAAGCUGCAGCGUCUGUCAUGGCGGACUACGUGGGCCAAUACUUGGAUGGUAGGAGGGGGAAGAGGUCAACACGAGAAGCGAUCCCGCCUGAGGCUGAGGGCAUGGUGUUGGACAGGUUUCAUGGUGGAGAGAGAGCACUUCUGUAUGGCAUCGCAGAGGAUCUUUUGGCAAACUUCGGACUAGAUGGCAAAGAGUGCCUCUUGCGAGCCAUUUGUGAGAUACACGCUCACCCAUUGAAGAAUUUCGGCUUCAUUGGCGAAGUCAUGAAGCUUUUCUUCAGCCCCAGUAAAUCACCCUAUGCGAAUUUAAUAGAGGAAUAUGUAGAGGCUCAGCGCGCAGGGGAAUCUGGUGGAGAAUGCUGGCCGUAUUACAGACUCUGUCCUAAGAGUAUCUUCAUGCCUUCCACAAAUAAAUAUUCGAAAGACGCGGAAACUCUACACAGGCGACAAGAGCAAGAUAGCAUCGAUAACAACGAGAUGGAAUUCAAAGCUAUGUAGACAAAUCAUCAUGGCCAAAAAGUAGGCUAAAGCCUUAGACCUAAUCGAAAUUCCAAAUGUAGCGGUAGUUUUCAACCAAAGUUGACGCAAUUUAUUUUAGUCUACUAAAAUGAAUGUAGUAAAUUCAUAGAAGUUUGUGACUAAUCUUUUGUACGAUUUCCGAUUAAUAUAUUAAAUGACAGUGUGAACUGCUUACAUGAAUCCAAAAUAUGUCGAGGUAGAAAGAACUUUUUGUUGCAGUAGUAUUCUUAAUUGCUGGAGGUCAUUUUUUUUUUAAAGUAAAGUCCUCCUUCCUGUUCUGACUUUGGCCUUUUUGAUAGUCUCUUAAAUUGGCCUGUUAGUUGUGUUACCUGGUCAAACCAGCGCCCAGGUGUUCGGUCUAGUUUUUUUUUUACCCUUUACUAAACCUUCCACUAUUCUAGGCAGUAAUGUCCUAAAAAUAUUAUUGGUGCUACUAAUUCACACACUUAUUUUAUUCUUUUAUAUUAUUUUUUAUUUUGGAACGAAGCUCCUUAUGAGACUAGGCGGAAAGCGAAAGCCGGCAAAAGCGUGUGUACCUAAAACUCGUGGAGUAAGAUUUUUGUGUAUAGUUGAUGUAUAUUAUGCUAAGUAUAGUGUACACUGUACGUGAUGACUGGUUAUUAUAUUAUUUCAGUUUGCUUGUAUUUUUAUAUCAUUCGAUAACAACACCGUCUGAUGGUCAAAUGUAGAACCAUAUGAUCAAUAUUACACAGUACAAAUGAUAUAAUUUAUAAUUUUCUU